ACAAUGGUGGCAGCCGCACGUUGCACUCCAAAACGGAGACGACACCGUCGCCCACUAACAAUACUGGCAAUGGACACCCAGAGUAUAUCGCAUAUGCCCUCGUCCCUGUGUUCUUCAUCAUGGGUCUCUUCGGCGUCCUCAUCUGCCACCUGCUCAAGAAGAAAGGCUAUCGUUGUACAACAGAAGCCGAGCAAGAUGUGGAAGAGGAAAAAGUUGAAAAGAUAGAGUUGAAUGACAGUGUAAAUGAAAACAGUGACACCGUUGGGCAGAUUGUUCACUACAUCAUGAAAAAUGAAGCAAACGUUGAUGUUUUAAAGGCAAUGGUAGCAGAUAACAGCCUGGGUGACCCUGAAAGCCCUGUGACGCCCAGCACUCCUGGGAGCCCACCUGUGAGUCCCGGGCCCUUGUCGCCAGGAGGCACCCCCGGGAAGCACAUCUGUGGCCACCAUCUGCACACAGUGGGCGGUGCUGUCGAGAGGGACGUGUGUCAUCGGUGUAGGCACAAACGGUGGCACUUCAUAAGACCUACCAACAAAUCCAAACAGGGCCACGCGAGGCGUCAGGGAGAGGUCACCGUCCUCUCUGUUGGAAGGUUUAGAGUGACAAAAGUGGAACACAAGUCAAACCAGAAGGAGCGGAGAAGUUUGAUGUCAGUUAGUGGGACUGACGGCGUCAAUGGGGAGGUGCCUGUGACACCUGUGAGGGGAGAACGGAGUGACACAGAGUAGCAGGUAAACUGUGAUUUGAAAAAGCCUGGAGCAAACAAACCUAUGUUUUUUCCUUCAAUUGAGUUGGAAACCAGUUUUCUUUGAUGUGCCCCAGUAGGAGUAUUACUCUUCCAAGUAAAUAUUUUGAAGUGAUUUAUAAAGCAAAAGUGGAUGCUUCUUGGCUGGGCAAUCUUCAUUUUGAAUGAUAGUGCUCAGAAAAGAAAAAAGGCUUGUGAUAAUUUGCUAUUGGCUUAGCUUUCAUCUGACUCUUUUCUUUCUGUUCUGGCUUGGGUAGCAUUCACCCCUUUCACGUUUCUUAUUAUGUGUAAGAAGGCGAGUGCACAGACUCUGGAGUGAUUAUGCUCUGGAAACUCCAGUCAAACUUCCAGAGCCUGGACGGAAGGCAGAAGAGGUCACACUGGCAAAGGGAGGGGAGGGUGGGGCGUGGGGAGGUAGGCUGGCUGGGGUCUUGAAGGUGCAGGAGAGAGGCAAGGUUGAACCUGAGCCCAGGAGUCAAGCGGGGAUGUGGCUGGCGCGGCCGAGUUGGGGAGAGAAGUGCCGUGUAAGUGAAGUUUCUCCGCUAAUCUGCCCAGGCUCGGAGGGGUUGAGGAUGAUCUGGAAGAGUAGUGCUCUUGAAAUCUCUAAGACACAGGGGCUCUGAGAGCUGCCAAUGUUCGUUCUCGCAGUCUUGCAUUUGGGAACGAUCUGGCCCCUUCCCCUGAGUUUAGAAGCCAAUAGGGCUUUCUUUAAAGAAGAGGAACAAGGGUGACGGGGGGGUGCUCAGUAUGUUACAUCUGACUCUUGAUUUUGGCUCAGGUCAUGAUCUCACAGUUUGUGGAUUCGAGCCCCGAGUUGGCCUCUGCACUAACAGUGCAGAGCCUGCUUGGGAUUCUCUUUCUGCCUCUCUCUCUGCCCCUCCCCUGCUGGUGGGUGCAUGUGUGCAUGCGCGCGCUCUCUCUCUCUCUCUCUCUCUCU